UAGCCACGUCCUUCGAUGUGUCUGGUCCAAGCAAGGCACAGCCGCGCACCCUAAAGGGAGACCUAUUUGCGACACCACGCGUCGCCAUAAGGCCGCUCUUGUUCAGGAUGACUCGAAGACCCGGAACUAAGCCUUCGCUCUUGUAGUAUCGAUCGCAGUAGCGACAACGACAACUCAUUGCACUGAGCUCUUCUUUUUGAAUUAAGCAUGUCCAACCCAUCUUACGCCGAAAAGAAGAGCAAAACUUCGAAGACCCAGCAAUACCUGCCGGCCAAAUGCGUUCCGAGCCCAAGCAAAUUACUGCAAGCUAUCACCGACAGAGCCGGCGAAGGCAAUUUCCACAUCGAGAUGCAAAACAACAUGUAUAGCAUUGUACUCCACGACGACGAUGCUGACGCCCAAUGGAAAGAUAUUGGGGCUCUAUUCGACCAACUGGGCCUGCGAUCGAGCAACUCGCAUACAGAGGAGGACGCAUAGUCUCAUGAGGGAGACGUCCGGCGACGGAAGGGCGCCUCGAUGUGAACCUGUAGAAGCUUCAUAGCAAUCUUUACCUGCAUUAGAAACGGCUC